AUGACUCGAUCAGAAGUUUCCGAAAAUGCAGCGCAGAAUAAAGCAGACGUUCGAAUUAUUCUCAUUGGUGAACAUGGUGUUGGAAAAACUUCGUUGAUAAUGUCACUGCUUGAAGACGAGUUUUGUGAUCAAGUACCUUCACGAAUCGAUAAUGUGUUUAUUCCAGCUGAUGUUACACCCGAUAGAGUGGUCACUUCAAUUCAUGAUUAUUCGAGUGAGCAAAGUUUUGAAGAAUUGCAACGAGAAAUAUUAGAAGCGAAUGUCAUUUGCAUUGUCUAUUCUGUGCAAGACCAAAGUACGAUUGAAAAGGUGACAUCCUACUGGCUGCCAUUAGUUAAACGUAUACUUAACACAGAAAAGACAAUUUGCCCCGUAAUACUUGUUGGAAACAAAUCUGAUGAAACUUCUUCGUCUAAACAUAUGGAGAAAUUUGAAGAAAUCGACACUUGUAUAGAAUGUUCAGCAAAAACAAUGAAAAAUGUUAGCGAAAUUUUCUAUUUUGCACAAAAGGCAGUUAUUUAUCCAAGCCAUCCAUUGUACCUGCCGCAAGAACGAGAAUUAACCAAAAAAUGCAAGCGGGCACUUAUAAGGAUAUUUAAAUUAUGUGAUAAUGAUAACGAUGGCUUGCUGAAUGACGAAGAACUGAAUCAUUUUCAAAUGUUUGUCUUUGUAUUGGCUAACGAUUUUAAUGCUUCUUUUUGUUCCUUUUAUUAUCGGAAAUUGAUAGGACGUCAAGAAACUACAUGGAGGGUUCUGCGCCGAUUUGGUUAUGAUAAUGAAAUUGAAUUGGCUGUUGAUUAUUUGCAUCCUCCGCUUAAAGUGCCAAAAGGUUGCUCAAUAGAAUUGACUUACGAAGGAUUUCAUUUUAUCAAUACUCUUUUUGAAAAAUACGACGAGGAUAGAGACUCAUGUCUGUCGCCUUCAGAGAUGCAGAAUUUAUUCAGUGUUUGUAUAACACAUCCUUGGACUCGAGAAUCUUGUUCAUCAGUUGAGACAAAUAAUAAAGGGUGGUUGACCUAUAAUGGAUAUGUUUGCUUCUGGGUGAUGACGACAUUUUUGAAUGUUUCGUUAACAAUGGAGCUUUUGGCAUAUUUGGGGUUUAAUAUGCGCCACCAUUCUCAGCUGGAUAUAACUCGUGAUAGACGAAUAGAUAUUGCUGAAAAAUCCACAUCAAGGACAGUAUUCCAGUGCCACGUCAUUGGUCCUAAAGGCGCAGGAAAAAGUGUCUUUCUUCAGUCGUUUGCUGGUCGUUCUCUCUCGGUUAAUUUUUUUUUCAAAAAGCGAUUUGCUCCUUAUGUAAUGAAUAGUGUUAAAGUGAAAGGGGCGACAAAAUAUUUGCUGUUGCAUGAAGUUGAUGUUUUAUCACCAGACGAAACUCUUACCAGCUAUGAAAAAAGUGCAGAUGUUAUAGUUCUUCUUUAUGAUGCUUCUGAUUCUAAUUCAUUUUCUUAUGUGGCGACUAUAUAUUUGAAAUAUUUUUACCGCACAAAAGUUCCAUGCAUUGUCGUCGCAACAAAAUCUGAAUAUUUUGAAAGUGAACAAGAAUAUGGUCAACAACCUGGAGACUUUUGCAGAAACCAUUCCUUGCCGCAGCCUAUUCUUUUUCGCCAUGAAGAUAUUGGUCAUACAGAUGCACCGAUAUACACACAGAUAGCGACUAUGGCCGUAUAUCCGCACUUAAAAAAAGUGUAUUAUCUCCAAGACUCCAACCUUUUGUCCAGAAUAACGUUUGGUGCAGCUGUAGCCGCACUUGCGGCUUUCCUACUUUACAAAAAUAUUUAA